ACUAAAUGUGUAGACUCCUGCGAUGGCAUCAGUACAAUGCUGUGCGUGACCAAAUGCAUGGAUCCAUGUGGAGCAGCCUGCAUGAAGAAGUGCACAACCAAAUGUAUGUGCCCAAGCAACACUGUCUGUACGAAGCCUUGUGCGACCAAAUAUGUGGAUCCAUGCAGCACCAGCUGUGUUACGUCAUGUGUCACCCCAUGCCCGGAGCCAUGUAACACUGUCUGUGUCAAGGAGUGCGUUACCAAGUGCAUGGAUCCAUGCGACACUUUCUGUGCAGAGCCGUAUGUUACCAAGUGUGGGGAUCCAGGCUGUAGCAGCUCUGCAAAGCCGUGCAUUACCAAAUGCGUGGAUUCGUGCAACGCUGUCUGCGUGAAGGAAUGCACUACCAAGUGUGUGGAUCUGUGCAGUACCAGGUGUGCAAAGCCAUGUGUUACUAUCUGUGUGGAUCUGUGUGGCACUGUGUGUGCAAAGCCGUGCAUUACCAAGUGUGUGGAUUCAUGCGGCACUGGGUGUGGAAAGCUGUGUGUUACCAAGUGCAUGGAUCCAUGCGGCACUAUAUGUGCAAAGCCAUGUCUUACCAUGUGUAUGAAUCCAUGCAGCACCAGGUGUGCAAAACCAUCUGUUACCAAAUGUGUGGAUCUGUGCGGCACCGUGUGUGGAAAACCAUGCAUUACUAAGCAUGGAGAUCCAUGUGGCACUAUCUGUGUGAAGGAAUGCACUACAAAAUGCAUGGAUCCAUGUGGCAUCAUCUGUACUAAGCCAUGUGUUACCAAGUGUGUGGAUCCAUGCACCACCAGCUGUGUUACAUCCUGUGUCACCAAGUCUACGGAGUCUUGUAGAACCGUCUGUGUCAAGAAGUGCACCGUCAAGUGCGUGGAUACAUGCAGCACCGUUUGUGCCAAGCCAUUUGUUCCCAAAUGCACGGAUCCAUGCUGUCCUAGGUGCACGGCUUCUUCUGGUACCAUGUGCGUGGAUCCUUGUGCUCCUGUCUGCAAGAAAACCUACCCACUCCAGAGCGUGGAUCUACGCCUCUCCAAGUGCCCUCCGGUGCAGCAGUGCUGCCAGAAGCCAAAGCGGUGUCAGCAACCACUGGAUCACCAGCAAUUAUGGCAUGAGGACAAGUGA